ACCCCUCCGACUCCUGACUAUUUGCAGGGCGCCACCAAAUCGUGGCGAGAGGAGCACGCCGCUAUGCAGCAACUUCAAGCGGUACUCAGCCGCCGUAUUGACAAGCAACAGCAGGAAUGGGAGGCCAUGCAGCAGGGAUGGCAGAUCAUGCAGCAGCGCAUUGGGCGACUCGAAUCAAAGCUCGAAACUGUAAUUCAAUUGCUACAAAAACAACACGCAAUCCCCAAUCCUCAGCACACUAACCAGGACAAUGAGAUGGAGGACGCACCAGCUGUCGUCGCCGCUCAGGUUGUGAUCGCACCAUAUAUGGCUCCAACUGCCGAGUCUGCUAUCACUGUCGGCAAACGCCAUUAUCGUUCCCUCAGUGGAUCAGAUGGGUCUGGUGAAUCUAUGGCUCCUGCAAAAAUGGACAAGGAGCAGGCCAUUGCGCAGCUACAGCGCGAGUUGAAGGAGGCCAAUGAACGAGUUGAGAGCGCAGAGAAUACUGCACGCGGCCACCUUGCUGAAGUAAACCGGAUUCUUGGGAUCAACAAAGUUCAACAGGAAUGCAUCCAAGACCAGGGUAAUGCCCUACAGCGCCUCCUCCCAGCGGAGUGUAACCAGGCAGAAGAGGAUUUGUAAUGAUUGAUACACCCGAUCUCGAUUACCGCACGGGCCACUUGGACCCUGCAUUUCUUAACGACCCAUUCCACACUUUCAGUGCUGCCUCCAUUAACGUUUGUGGAGGCAUGUCCGACAAUUUUUUUUCUUCAUUAUGCGAAAUUGGUGUUCAGCAGGGGCUGGACAUCAUCGGGGUACAAGAGACGAAAGUACCCAAAUCUAAAGAACGACACCUUCUACCGCGCCCUCACAAAUGCGCCUACAUGGGAAUCUGGGAACACACCUCUGCAAAUCACCACGGCAAGGGUGUUGGUCUCCUGAUUACACAUGACUGGUUCAAAUUUCUUAUCUCCUCCUCUCAUGAUGAAAAUGGGAGGGGGGUCAUGGCUCUGUUUGGCUUCAAGCGAGGUCUGCAGCUAGCCGUGAUCAAUUGUUAUGUCCCCACACUUUCCUCCGA